UUAUUUUAUGUCAUGGAAAUAAUGUGUAGUAGUAAGAUUGUGGAUAUACUUUAAAUAUAUUAAAUCAAAUUAAUUCGUACAUAACAGUUAAAGCUGUUAUAAUUUAGUAAUACCUUCUUAUAAUGUAAUUCGAAUGCGCGCAAUCAUUAACUUAGGUAUCGUUUAGAGUUCGUUUAUCGUUUGGUUUUGUCAUUUAUAUAAGUAUCAGAGCAUAUUAAUAGAUGGCGUAGUUGUCAUUCUCCCACCCACGAGAUAAUUCGAUGACGAGUUUUCCUGGUAGCUUUCUCGUUGGUGGUGGAGCAGGCGGCUGCAUGGGAUAAGGGUGGUAUUCCACUCUCUUAUUAAAUAAAAUGUGAGAUACAAAUACCCAUGGGACCAAGAAAUUGGACAGGUGGAAUAACACCCUAAUUCAGCCUUUUAAAAUUAAGGAGAAUAGGGAGUAAUUAGAGCGUUGUUAGUAGGUUUGUUUUUAUCUGGGUGGUUUAUAGCGCAUCGUCUGCAGAUAAAUGUAGUCUGCGCUUACAAAAAGUUGAAAUUAAUCUGGAGGUCGCUGUUACCAAUAUGUACUGGUUUGUCUUAGGCAAAGUUUCAGCAAGUGGUGGGAAUAUAUAGCCAGAUACAUCAAGGGAUUAAGUUAACGGAUUUACUGGGACCAUUAGAGAGCUGCAGAGCAUGGACGACAUAUCAUACUGAACUCGCAGCCAUUCGAGCCUCCUGCAUGGUUACUUUGUGAUGAUAGUGCCUCUGUGGUGCUUGUAACAACGCUAUGAUAAUUACUUAUUCUGUGACAACCCUGCAAUAUCGGGAACUCGCUCAAAAGUUAUAUGGCAAAUACGAGUACCGCAGUAAUUGUACCUACUUAUUGUAAACAACCAAGCUAUAUUAGUUUGAAAUCAUGUAUUUAAUAAGUCUAAUUGAAUACAGACAUGCAAUGAUAAUGUCAUAGAGGUAAUGCUAAAAAUCUCUGUAAUUCUAGUUAUAUUUUAAGGAACCGAUCCAGAUCAUCCAGAGACACGCUUUGCAUACCUAACCUAACUCGAUUUUAUAAAACAGGGAACCUCUGAUGUUGUUAAGCUCUUUAUAAUUUUAAAUAAGGCAUUGACCAAUAGCGGUGCCUUAAGGUUCACGAGCAUUAAAUACAUAGUGUUAGCGAAUUGCAGUAUUCAGCUUCGGGCGCUUUAUUGAAAAUCUAUCUGUUCCGGUGAGAAGGGGUUUGAGUACGAAUGCAUUUAGCAUCUUAUUACUCCUUGCAUUAGAAUUGAAAAUGGAUUGUUCGGUGCGGCGGUGUGAGCCCGUUAUCCGGCGUCAGGUUACGGUCACGUCUAUAUAAGACCGCGUCGUCUUCUUCAGUAUUUCAUUCCGUUUGAGACGCCUGGCCGGCCGCGUGCCCUGUCCGCCGCGUCCGUAUUCCGCUCCGCGCCCGUGACUCCGAGCACCUUUUGUUCACUCCCCAUUACUUCCAUUAGUUGGUUCACUUGCUCGUCCACGGUCCAGUGCUCGCGCGUUUCUGUACUCAGAUCAGUUCGUGUGAACUUGAACAUUUGUCGUGAUAUAAUUGAAGAAAGUGCGGUUGCCGUCAGCUUCAGGAAAUAAAAACCAGAGAGCGAGCCAUCUUCUACACAGGCGUUGACUCGGCAGCAUGAAGGGCGGAGCGCUGCGGUUGCCGCAGCUGGUGCUGUUGGCCCUGCAGGUUUCCUUCGUGCUUAGCCGAAUCGCGUUCGAGAAACUUACGGACGUGGACUUCACGGGCACGGCGUACUACACGGUGCGCAACCUGUCCCUGUACGAGUGCCAGGGCUGGUGCCGCGAGGAGCCCGACUGUCUCGCUGCUUCCUUCAGCUUCGUCCUAAACCCCCUGACGCCUGUUCAAGAGACUCGUUGCUUGCUGCAGAAUGACACUCAAGCAAAUAACCCAAUGGCCACUCCGCAGCGUUCGGUGAACACGUACUACAUGGUGAAGCUGCAAGUCCGAACAGAGAGCGUGUGCCUGCGGCCCUGGGCCUUCGAACGAGUGCCGGGCAAGUCGCUGCGGGGUCUCGACAACACUAUCAUCUACACCUCCACCAAGGAGGCAUGCCUCGCGGCUUGUCUCAACGAGAAACGGUUCCCGUGCCGAUCGGCGGAGUACGAGUACGGAAGCAUGCGGUGUGCUCUGAGUGACUCGGACCGUCGCACAGCACAGCACUUCGUUCAGUUAGUAGACACUCCUGGAACGGAUUAUUUUGAGAACCUGUGCCUGAAGGCGUCGCAGGCGUGCAAGGGACAGCGGGUGUUCACCGCGCCGCGCGUGGGCGUGGCCGAGGACAAGGUGGCGCAGUAUGCCGGCCUGCACUAUUACACUGACAAGGAAUUGCAGGUGACGUCGGAAGCCGCGUGCCGGCUGGCAUGCGACAUCGAGUCGGAGUUUCUGUGCCGCUCCUUCCUGUACCUCGGCGCACCGCACUCGGCCGCGUACAACUGCCGCCUGUACCACCUGGACCACCACACGCUGCCCGACGGCCCCUCAGCUUACCUAAACGCCGAGAGACCACUCAUUGACGACGGCGAGCCCAUCGGGAAAUACUUCGAAAACUUCUGUGAAAAACCACCCAGCAACACUAAUGGAGAGCUGCCGGUAACAAUCGACCACCAGCAGGACACUAACCCCUCCAGCAACUUGACACGAAACGACGCCAACUGUGAUAAGACUGGCACUUGUUACGAUGUGUCGGUACUGUGCAAGGACACGCGAAUCGCGGUGCAGGUCAGAACGAACAAACCGUUCAACGGGCGCAUCUACGCGCUGGGCCGUUCGGAGACGUGCAACAUCGACGUGGUCAACAGCGACCUGUUCCGCCUCGACCUCACGAUGGCCGGCCAGGACUGCAACACGCAGAGCGUCACCGGAGUGUACUCCAACACUGUCGUUCUUCAGCAUCACAGUGUCGUAAUGACCAAGGCGGAUAAGAUCUACAAAGUCAAAUGCACGUACGACAUGAGCUCCAAGAAUAUUACGUUUGGAAUGGUGCCCAUCAGGGAUCCGGAGAUGAUUUCCAUCACUGCGGCGCCCGAGGCCCCACCCCCGCGCAUCCGCAUCCUCGACGCGCGCCAGCGCGAGGUCGAGACCGUCCGUAUUGGGGACCGCCUCACCUUCCGCAUCGAAAUUCCCGAAGACACUCCGUAUGGCAUCUUCGCCCGCAGCUGUGUGGCGAUGGCCAAGGACUCGAAGAGCACUUUCCAGAUUAUUGACGAUGAAGGAUGCCCCGUUGACCCUGGCAUCUUCCCGGCUUUCACUCCCGAUGGCAACGCUCUUCAGUCCGUGUACGAAGCUUUCCGGUUCACCGAGUCUUAUGGAGUCAUCUUCCAGUGCAAUGUUAAAUACUGUCUUGGACCUUGCGAACCAGCGGUGUGCGAAUGGGGCAGAGAAUCUUUGGAAUCAUGGGGCAGAAAGAAACGUUCGUUGCCUCACAAUGAAACCGGGGAGGCCCGCAGCCAGGAAGAAGAUAUGAACAUUUCCCAGGAAAUCCUUGUACUUGAUUUCGGAGAUGAAAGACAGAGCACAGAUUUUCUGCGUUCCGACAAGCCCGGUGGCACUGCGUCGGAGACCAGUUUUGGUGAAAAAACCGUGACGAUAGUGGAGCCGUGCCCGAGCAAGGGCUCGGUGCUGCUGCUGGGCGUGGCGUGCGCGCUGCUCGUGCUGCUGUACAUCGCCACCGUCUUCUGCUACUACAUGCGCAAGUGGCUCGCGCCGCCCAAGCACCUCUCGUAGGCUCGCGCAACAGCCUCCAUAUGCGACUCGACAUCCGUUUGCUUCAUCGAGGCACAUGUGAUACAAAUGACUGACAAAAUCGACAUAAAUUAUAAAGACUAAAUAAUUGUAAUCAGGUCGUAACUCCGUCCACCUCGAUGCGCACCGUUGUACGCAGUAUUUUGUACUUAACCACCGCGCCUUUUGCAUUUACCUUAGCGGUAACUUAUUGCAUUUAUAAGCAUUUAUUAAAUAAUAAGUAGUUUAACGAGUAGUUAUACAAUGAAGUACCUAUUAUGGGUGGUUACACCGACAAAUUAUAGAGGCAGUAAUUUCAUGCUACACUUAGAUUAAGGUAUGCCUAUACAUAUAAUUAGUGAUUUUAGCAAUGCAUUUAUUAAUUUAAGUAUUUAAUACUUUUUUAACGAUUGACCAGUGUUUGUACAAUUUUGAAUAUUAAGGCGGAAACAAAGUUUUAAAUUAUAGAUUUUUGGAAUAAUCCCUGAGAAUAAUAGAAAUAAAUAAG